AUGGUGUUCACAUGUACGAUCAGUGGAGAACCGGCAGAAGAGCCGGUGGUAUCACCAUCAGGUCACAUUUUUGAGAAAAGGCUUAUUUUGAAGUACAUAAUGGAAAAUGGCGUGGACCCUGUUUCUAACGAAUCUUUGGAAGAACACCAAUUGAUUCCUUUGAAAACUGGUUCUGUGGAUACAAUCCCGCGUAAUGUAGCCGGUACAUCAAUCCCAUCGUUGUUGAAAAUGCUGCAGGAUGAGUGGGACAGUGUGAUGUUGAACAGCUUCUCUCUUCGUCAACAGCUACAAACAGCUAGGCAGGAACUUUCCCAUUCACUUUACCAGGUGAAUAAUUUCUUACAUUCUUGGAAAAUUAUUUGGCCUAAUAUGACUUUUCUUCUCCACCUGACCACUUUCGCAUUGUUUCCUACCGCCUCAGUAAACACUUAGUU